AUGUUUCUGAAACUGAAUGGCUCAAGCGUGACGGGUGUGACAUCCAGUGUGACGGUUAUGACAUUGGCGAAUGUGACAACGAAUGGAACUAUACUAAGUGAAAAUAAUUCCGAACUUCUCAGACAAACCUAUGACAGCUAUGGAGCUAUGCUGUUUAUUGCUGUGGUCAUCUGCUUCUAUGCGUCCAGUAUAUUGCUGUUUAUAUGCUGGAAUCAGCGAUGGAACGAAGCCCACGACGAUGAUAGGCAAAUUUCCCAAUAUCUUAAAUCUGCGAAGGCUUUGGAGACCAAAAUUGCGAAGGAUUACGUCUUAAAAUUCCGUUCUAUGCUAUUGGCUAGUUCUGUGAUUGCUCACGGAAAUCGGAUGAUGGGCUCGCGUAAUUGCCGCCUCAUAAAGCCUCUAUUGGGGCCCCGUGAAAGUGAUGUUGGUCUUCAUGAUACUGGAGAGGCCGAAGAUGCUGAAGACGCUACACAUAACGCGUCUGAUCAUCUGUAUAACAGUAAUUGUAAUGCGGACCCCUGUGAUGUUGACGACCACCAAUGCAUCCUUCAUUGUUAUCAUCAAGAUAUUAACAGCCAAAGCCACGAUAUUGUUUGUGAUUAUGUGAGCGAUAAUGAUAGAGACGAUAGUGAUGAUGACGAUAAUAAUGAAGAUAAACAUCAUGGCCUUGAUGAUGAAUUAGAAAAUGAAGUGGGACAUCGAAUGGAUAAUUGA